AUGAACAGAUACGUCGAUGGCGAGAUUGUCCGCGAAGGCCCCUACGGCGACCAAGGUGAUGGCGCUUACUCCGCCGGCCGAGGCGGUGCUGGAAAUAUCGGCUCUCCAAUGGUCAAACCCUCGUCCAAGGCUCCCCACGACGUCGAAAUGAUUCCCGAACUCGCGGUGCGCAACUCAACAGAUGAGACAUACCACACCGGGCGUGGUGGACAGGGAAAUGUUCAUCUUGAUGAGGCUGCGCUCCAGGAGAAGGAGAAGAAGAAGGCUGCGCAUGAGGGGUUGGCGGAUAAGUUGAAGCAUAAGUUGCUGGGGCGGAAGUAG